GAAGGAACCUUCAAACGCACUGAGGAGAGUCCAUACGAGUGGAGAUGGGGUCCUUAAAUGUGUUCCUAAAUGGUCGUUUAUUUACAUUCUCAGCUUAAAACUAAUUUUAAUUUAUAUAAAACGCAAAAAUAUGGAUCCUCUUUAUAACGGCAAUGACUACUGGAACAACAGCUGGGCUAACGACUCUUUUCUGAACGACACGGGCUUUUUCUCAAACCAGUUUGUCCAACCAGUAUGGCAGAUCGUACUCUGGGCGAUGGCAUACAUCUGUAUAGUCUUAGUGUCCGUCGUUGGAAACAUCAUCGUGAUCUGGAUUAUUUUGGCACACAAAAGGAUGAGAACUGUGACUAACUAUUUUUUGGUCAAUCUCGCGUUCGCGGAGGCUUCAAUGUCAGCUUUCAACACCGUCGUCAACUUCGUUUACGCCGUUCAUAACGAGUGGUAUUUCGGCUUGGUUUAUUGUCGCUUUCACAACUUCUUCCCUAUUGCUGCCGUGUUUGCUAGCAUAUAUUCAAUGACAGCAAUAGCUCUAGACAGGUACAUGGCCAUCAUUCAUCCCCUGCAGCAGCGGCUAUCUUCCACAGAGACUAAGCUGGUGGUGGGGGUAAUCUGGGUGCUGGCUCUUCUCCUGGCUUUCCCGCAAUACUACUAUUCUAGCACAGCACAGCUCCCUGGACGUAUUGUAUGCUUCAUCGACUGGCCAGAGUACAGCGUAUGGGAUUUCAAAAAGAUGUACUAUGUUUGUGUGGUUGUGCUUAUCUACUUCCUGCCUCUAUUGGUCAUGGGCUAUGCCUAUCUGGUGGUGGGAUGCACCCUGUGGGCCAGUGAGAUACCUGGCGACUCCUCGGAUCGUUAUCGAGAACAGCUCACUGCAAAACGCAAGGUAGUGAAAAUGAUGAUUGUUGUGGUGUGCACCUUUGCUGUGUGCUGGCUGCCGUAUCAUGUGUACUUCUUAGUACACCAGUUCUUCCCCCACUUAUUUGAGGAGCGAUUAAUUCAACAAGUGUAUCUGGGAAUAAUGUGGCUGGCCAUGAGCUCCACCAUGUACAACCCCAUCAUCUACUGCUUCCUUAAUGACAGAUUUCGAGCAGGAUUCCAGCGAGCAUUCUUCUGGUGUCCUUGUGCCCCAGAGGGUUCAUAUGAAGGUCUAGAGCUCAAGUCCACCCGUUACCUACAGACCCAGGUCAGCCUCUACCGCACUAGCCGCAUGGAGACCACUAUUUCCACAGUGAUGCCAGCUGAAGAGGGAGAACCAGAUACCAGGUUCUCUGUGGACCUGACCUCCAAUGGCUCCUCCCUAAGUGCCUCAAAGACUGUAUCCGAGUGUUCCAGCUUCUUUUCCAGCAGCAACUUGGCUCAGGUUGGGUUACAGGCUUGAGUCUUAUUCCAUGUUAGAAUAUGACUCCUACUCGGAUCACCACCUUCUUAUGAAUGUGCUGCAGAGGAAGUUUCUUCACUAGAUUUUGUCUUCUUCAGUGUGAUUGUAUUACGUGAUGUGGUGACAGAGCAUAUCAGUUAACAUAUCAACUUCAUUCUGAGUGUACAGAACUUGUGACUCAAACAAUUGCAUGGAGUGUACUCAUGUAGAGUGGCAGGUUAGAUAAUGUCCUUUAUAGUAGCCAACCAUUGAUCACAUAGUUCUUGCAUUCCAAAAUCUUGUGUGUUUGUUUAGGAUCCCAUAACUCAGCUGUGUCCUUGGAAGUGGUUAUCCAGCUUCCCAUAAAGAGUACUGCUAGUGAUGGAGGGAAGAGAAGGCAACAGUGACUUUGAACGUUUUGCACCUGCUGUUUCAGAUUACCAGCAAUAGAAGUGACAAUGCGUUGGAUAGGAGUGGACUAGAUGGCGGGUCAUCUGGGUCAUGGUAUAUAUAGUACAGAGACUGAUUUAGAACAAAGACUGAAACAACCUGACCACUUCCAAAAUGCUGCUGUGUUAUUGCUUACAUCUCUGCAUGCUGUACAUAACAUGGUGUCAUUGUGUGAUUGCCGUCAUUCAACACAAAGGUGAACAGAGUGUUGUUUUCUCAUUUAGCUGUUUGGCAAAUUUUAAAGCAUCUGAUGAAUGUGCUGCUGCUAGUGAUGCUAGAUUUUAUCUUUUCUCAUUUGGGUGUUACAUAAUGAUUUGCUUUUGUGUAAUUAAUGAGAUUCAUUGUACUCUGUUCUAGCAAUGUAGCAACAGUGUUCACUAAUAGCAGUAUUGCACACUAAUAACAGAUUAGCUGAUAUUUUGGAGGCGGCAGUAUUAAGCGUGAGUGGUUCAUUUUACAUCUGGACAGCAUGGUAAUGAGAUGUCCAGUUGCAGAUUGUAAAGACACAAUAUGAGAAAGAUGAUGAGAUCAUCUGCCUCUGUAUGUUUAAAUAUACAUCUAUUUUUGUGUUCUUGUUCAAGUUAUUCCAGCUGAGUCUAAGAUGCAGAAAUUCCUGUGUUUUUGCUCUCUAUGUGAGCACCUUCUGUGCUUUGUAUGUUUUCAUCCAGGGCUGUAUGCAUGUCUAAUACCAGUGUUUGUUUUUAGUGGGCUGGCAUGUGUGCUUUCUUGUCUGCUAGCCACCUCCCAACCCACAGCUGUGAGGGCACAAAUUAUAGGUCUACCUCCUUUGUUGGGAAGAUGUGAGCAUAUCUUUGAUGUCCAUAGCAGGACAAAGAAGCCACAUUUGAACACUACACUUUGAACUGCUCUCCAGCUGCAUGACCACCAGAACAUCCAUUAUUAGGAGCUUUUGAGUUCUUUUCAUGGCCACAUUCUCAGUUGUGUGAAAGCUCAUAGUUAUUUGUUAUUUAUCAUGAAGUAAAAGCAGCUGAACGUCAGGUGUUAUACUACUUUGUACGCAAUUAAAUAUUAGUGUCAUAGGUUGGCAGAGUGAAUCAUUGCUUGUUGACAGUUGCACUGUUCUCGGUAAGCAAAGACUAGUUUGUCCUGUGCUUUCUAAAUGUAUAAUGUAUAUUAUAGAAAUUAUCACGAGAGGAUCUUAGCUUUAUUUUAAAGUGAAAUUCUCAAGUGGAAAUUUUUAGAUGCUCAUCUAUGAAGCAGAGAGGUUUUUAUCAUGUUACCAACUAGAUUUUCAUUACUGAAGCUGAUUUUGUGUACGUUUAUUUGUUUUAGGUAGGAUAUUGUGCAAUACAUUAUGUGUUCCUAUUAAAUAAAUGAGACUACCGGACUAAAUUAAUUUUGCCAGACUAACCAUUAAAAGAGACUGCAAUAGUGCAAUUAGAGUACAUAUCUAAAUUGUGUUCUGAGUAAAUAGUACUGAGAUGCCUAAAAUAUGUUGCCAUUUACAUUAUGUUAAUGGGCUGGCCCAAAGUCACUGUUACACACUUCUAGAACCUCAGACCUGCUCAGCCAGUUUGCGGGGAAGUCGCUGUAGUUACUGAUUAAUAAGCCUUAAUAUGUAAUAAGCCUGAGAUUUUAAAGGGGUUGAAUAAAGAAGGUAGAUAUUGUUGUAAUUACCACAUUUUUCACAUUGGUGAAACUAGUCCUUUGGAUGUUUGGACAUGGCAUCUCCAAAUUACAAGCAGUUUGUGAAUUGUGAAUGUAUCUGGCUUUGGGCACCUGUUUACGGUGUUGUUCCACAUUGUUGAGUAGAGUUGCAAAUAAAUUCUCUGAGAUGGA